AUGGCGACUUCUCGACCUUUCCAUGGGGAGGACAAAGAACAUCCGGUAGUCAUCAAGGAUGAUCAGUCCGAUUCGGACUCGGAAGCUGAGGGAAGCGAAGCUGAUAGGAAAGGCCCUGAGCUAGGUGAUGGAGACGAGAGUAGCGAUAACAAUGAUGACCUACCUGAGCUGGAGGAUCUCCUCCGUCCAUCUCACAAAACCAAAACCAAUACCGAAUUUGCGGCACCAGACGGAAAUCAAACGGAUUAUCCAGCUGAGCGCAUCAGUGCUGCGGCUGCCUCACAGUCUGGGCAGGCGCUCGGGACAUGCGUGGUCGCCGAUCAAGAGUAUUUGGGAGUCGAUAAGGAAGAGAGCCUCGACAAUCCACCGGCCGAUGGGGAGAGUAAUCGCGACAAGGCGAAUACAGUAGACGAUCCGUUACCGACCCCAAACAAGCGGAAGCUCGAUCAGCUCAGUCGACCCAACGAUAUCGAAUAUGAUUCCAAUGAUUCUGCCAAAGACGGUACCGUGGGCCCGCGACCCCAGAAGCAACGAAAACAACCCGACUCAUGCAAUGGCUCCCCCAUGGCCCUCCCUUUCAUAGACUACGGUACUCUAUCGCCGCACGAUAGGACUGGUUAUGAUCCAGGUAACGACAAAUACGGCAACAAUAACAGUCGAGUUGUCAACAGCGACGGCAGCGACGGCAGCAACGACCCCCGCCUUCGAAACAACGAACGACUAAAGUCUACGGCAUGCCCGCCCCCCUCUUCCGACCAAGCGUCCAACAGUCGAUAUAGUGGUGAAUCACCGCACGACCAGGCUAGCAAUGGCGUUCACGAUCGAAACCUCGACGAUCCCGUUAGCGACCCAAUCAAAAAACACAAUCAUGGGGACUGCAAUAGCAAUGAUGAAGGCGACAGCCACGGCGACAGCGAAGGCGACUUAUGUAAAACAUCCAGCAGCGGCGGGGAAGAUGAGGACAAGGGUAAUCACAGCGAUGGUCCCGGCGACGGCAAAGGCAGCAGCGGCAAGCAUGCCAAGCCGCAGAAACAGCAUACAUCAACUAUUCGCGGCGUUUUAAACUCGAAGCGUGCGAAGCAGCGUACCGGACGGCAUUAUCAUCACUUGCGUUCACAUUCUCAGGGGUCCCGCGCUGGAACCAACCAAGUCAACAAGACGGACGACGAAUGGGAGUUUCGUAAAAUUGUAAAGGAAAGAGUGACCAAGUCAGGCCUCGAAUAUAUGUUACGUUGGAGAGACACCUGGGUUCAUGAAAGCGGCCUGUCCCAUGCCAAAGAUGCCAUCGAGUCUUAUCGAAAACGCGUCCAGCAUGAUAAGGUUGGGUCACCGCAGAUGCACUCAUCUGUGGAAGUAAAGGGCAGAGCUACCGUGAGAAAGGGAUGACGGGGAUGCUGAAUUCCUGAGGACAUGUUGCUUUCAGAGCGCGGCAGUUUCUUUGUUUCCUUCUUUCUCUCUUUCUCUCUCUCUCUCUCUACCUAAAUACAAGAUAGAAAUAUCUCCCUUUGGCGUCAUGACAGGAAGGAGGUCACAAGCAUUUGUGGCUGAGUAGCAAUUGUGAGGAUGCCGCGUGGAGCCGUCGGAAGGCCAGCAGGAAUGACCUUGGCAUUUGGUGCACAUGACUAAGGGCCGGUCAACUAACUCCUUAUCCCUUAUCUACAGCAUCCUAAGAGUUUUAGAUAAUCCAAAUUUUUCGAGAUUUCUAAUUGAUUAACC